AGUCGAGAAGAGAGAGACGGAGAGAAAAGAAGAACGAUUCUGUUAUAGCCAUGCUUGCCAAUGGCACCAGAAUUUCACUUAGCUUCACCACCGAAUACGUCAAAGGAAACCCUUCCCAAAGCCCUUAUGGUCUUUUCCAGAACUUGUCUUGCUCGAUAUUCAUCGGACAUGGUUGUGGCAGUGAUCGCCGUUGCUACGCUACCAGUCGUCUUCGGAGGAAUCCGACAGGGACAAAACAGAGAGUUUGCAUUAGGUCUGGUUACACUCGAAUGCCCAUGGAAACUCCAGGAGCUUAUCAGCUAGUUGACGAUGAGACUGGGGAGAAGUUCAUUGUCUGGGGAGGCAUCGGCGAAGAAUCCCCAAUUCCUUCCAAAGAAGUUCUCUCCUGGAAGCCCAUCACCCUCCCUGGAUCUUUUACGCAGGAAAACAGGACUGAUAGAAAUGAAAGAGGUGAGUCGCGAGUCAAAGUGUACACUUCACCUGUUUCUCGUUCGGAAUUUCCACUUGAGAACCUUGCCCCUAUGCUCUCAACUUCCGCUUCUUAUCCUACUGCAGACUCUGGGAGUAGUGACGAAUCCAACGCACGUGUCGGAGGUUUAACUGGGAGUUUUGGUAGGCUGAAAGCCCAACGAGUGAGACUAAUGAUUAGGAAAUCUUCUAGGAGUAAGCAAGGAAAUGCACAAGACGCUACUGAUGAAUUAGGCCUGGAAGGUUCUCCUCUGAAUGUUUCUGAUGCUUCAUAUUCAGAUUUGGAGAAUGAAUUUGUCCCAGAAAGAUCAAUUGCGGGUGCUCGGGGAGGUAGAUUUUCAAGAGCAUGCCCACCACAAGAUGUCAAAGAUACAGGUCCAGGUACUGAGGAAAUUAUGAACACUAACUGCUCCAGUGUAGUUCCAGAACAAGUUUUGCAAAAUCGAAGGACACUCUCACAACCUCGUGGGCUUGACUUUGGAGGGGCCAAACCGUAUAAUUCUUCCUUAAGAGGAUGGAGUAAAGGUGAGCCAACCCGGAAACCUCCGAUUGACUCGACGAACCCCUCGAGGAAGCACCACAAAAUGUCGGUUAAUGGUGUUUUUUUCAGUAGAAAGUCUUUCGGAGACCUGGGUUACAGAGACUAUUUGAUUGAAUCUCUUAGGCGUCUGAAGAUCUUUCGCCCUUCAAAUAUUCAGGCGUUGGCAUUUGCAUCUGUCAUUGAGAGGAGGAGUUGCAUUAUAGCUGACCAAAGUGGGUCCGGAAAGACAUUAGCAUAUCUUGCACCAGUGGUACAAUGUCUUAGGCAGGAAGAACUUCAAGGUCUUGGUAAAUCCUCAGCAAGGAGUCCGCGAGUUGUGAUAUUGGUUCCAACCUCUGAAUUGGCUUCUCAGGUGUUACAAAUAUGUCGAUCCAUGUCUAAAGUUGGUGUCCCUUUCCGGUCUAUCAUUACAACUGGUGGUUUCCCACAGAGAACUCAACUGGAAUAUCUUCAGCAAGGUUUAGAUGUUCUUGUUGCAACACCUGGUCGUUUUAUUUUUCUACUUAAAGAAGGCUUCUUGCAUUUGGCAAAUCUUAGAUGUGCUGUUUUGGAUGAGGUCGAUAUACUUUUCAGUGAUGAAGACUUUGAACAAGUGCUGCAAUGCUUAAUUAAUUCUGCACCUGUGACAACACAAUAUCUUUUCGUGACUGCAACUUUACCAGUGGACAUAUACAACAAGCUGGUUGAAGUUUUUCCUGAUUGUGAAGUUAUUAUGGGACCUGGCAUGCACCGUACAAGCUCUGGCCUUGAAGAGGUUAUUGUAGAUUGCAGUGGAGGUGAUGGGAUGGACAAAAGUCCCGAUACGGCAUUCCUUAAUAAGAAAUCUGCUCUCUUGCAGCUUGUAGAACAAAGUCCAGUUUCAAAAACUAUUAUUUUCUGUAACAAGAUUGAAACAUGCAGAAAAGUUGAGAAUGUAUUAAAACGUUUCGAUAGAAAAGGACAUAGUCUCCAGGUGUUGCCAUUCCAUGCAGCUUUGGCACAAGAAUUGCGUCUUAAAAAUAUGGUGGAAUUUUUAAAUUCCCAGUCCAACGAUUCUCUGUUUUUGAUUUGCACUGAUAGAGCAUCACGGGGUAUUGACUUUGCUGGUGUGGAUCAUGUUGUUCUUUUCGAUUUCCCUAGGGAUCCAAGUGAGUAUGUUCGCCGUGUUGGAAGAACUGCUAGAGGUGCUGGAGGAAAGGGGAAGGCAUUUAUUUUUGUGGUUGGCAAGCAGGUUUCUCUUGCUCAAAGGAUUGUAGAAAGGAACAGAAAGGGCCACCCACUACACGAUGUCCCAUCCGCAUAUGAAUUGGUGAUCUAGAGAGCACGUUUUCAGAGUGCAAGCUCUUCUUUCUCAUCCAUGAAUCCAUUUGUCCUGCUAAGAGGGUGUAAAACUUAUCCCAUCCUGCCAGUAGAAGGGAAGCAAGUGAUUCUUGCUCACUUUGUUAACUCCUUCGGGAUUUCUAUUCAUUAGGAAAUUUGAAGAAUCAUUGCUGGCACUAGAUUUGGCAGC